AUGCCAAGGUCACCUUCGUACGACAGAUACUCUAUCAGGCAACGCGAUAGAGAAUAUCGUGAGUUAGAACGUGAAGUUGAUUAUGAGGAUUUGGAUCGGCCAUCACGCUCAAGAUCUCGGUCUUAUUCUCCUCGAAGACGAAGCAGAAGUAGUCGCAGAAGAAGAGACGAUAGCGGUAGUCGAGACAGGAGACGGCGAAGAGACGAUUACCAUGAUAGAAGUCGACGCCAUAAACUUAAAAGUGAUGAUAGUUUAGAUAGAGAGUAUAGACGCUCACGGUAUGAAAGUCGAUCCCCUUCUCCAAGAAGAGGUAGACGUAGAGACAGAAGCAGAGAGCAAAGUCGAUAUAGAAGCCGUAGUCGUGAUUUUUCAUCGCCUCGUCGCCGACAUUCGGAUGCUAGAGAUAGGUCUAAAAGUAAAGAACGACAGAAAGAGCCAAUGGAUGUUGUAAACGAGGAUGAUGAUGAGGAAACAAAAAUGAUGAAGUUAAUGGGAUUCACUGGUUUUGACACAACAAAAGAAAAAAAAGUGCCUGGAACGGAUGUAUCUGGAGCGAAAGUGCAUAAGCCUUUAAAAUAUAGACAGUAUAUGAAUCGCAGAGGUGGUUUCAACAGGUAUUAUAUGAUAAAAAGACAUAUUGUGCUGUGGUUUUACCGAAUUGUUUGA